UAUAGAUUAUAGGCUAAAGUCUAAACACGACAACAGCCUUUAGAAAAAACCGCCUUCUCUCUUCAUCCCUUGUCUCUGCCUCUGCCUGUCGUUAAACUUUUUUUGGUUAUAUCGAAAAGGAAACACUAAAAAGGAAAGAAAAAAAAACCUCUCCUUUCUCUGUGUUUUUGCUUAGGAAUUGGUUAUAAGCCGAUUUGGAGUAACCCAUUUUCAUUGUUCUCUGCCAUUUGAAGGGGAAAAAAAUGAAAGAGAAAAUUUACUUAUUACCCCUUUUCCUUGUUGUUUAAUGGCGUCCUUUUUGCCAAGAAACAAUUGUUUUUUUACCUAUCUGAAGUCUGAACCUUUGCUCCUUUGCUUAGUUUCCCUUGGUUUUUGUUAAAUCUCGAUACUUUGGUCGAAUCUAUCACCACCCAUUGGUUCACUUGUCCUUGAACCACCUCCAUUACAGGUUAUGCAGGCUUUUGCAUUAACUUUGGAGGGCCAUGCUCACUCCAAUUAUUUGAAUUUUCUUCAAGUGUUGUUUAUAAUGGAAGGAGAGACUUCUUGGAACAGCCAUUGCAUUGAUGACAUGUCUAAAGACAUCGGUGAGUUUGAUUCAUUCUCGGAACUUAGUGAUGAAGGUAAUAAAGAAAUGAUCGUUUCUGUAGACUCAAUCCUACCCGAUGACUUGUUGGAACGAAUUUUGGCUUAUCUUCCCAUUGCUAGCAUUUUCAGAGCUGGUUCUGUGUGUAGAAGAUGGCAUGAGAUUGUCAGUUCCAAAAGAUUUUUAUGGAAUUUUUCGCAUGUCCUAUCACAUAAGCCUUGGUACUUCAUGUUCACAAGUUCUGAUGAACCAGUUGGUUAUGCCUAUGACCCGAUCCUCCGUAAAUGGUACAGCAUCGAACUUCCAUGCAUUCAGACUCCAAACUGGUUUAUUGCUUCAUCAUGUGGAUUGGUUUGUUUCAUGGACAAUGACAGUAGAAGCGAGUUGCAGGUAUGCAAUCCGAUUACCAAGAUUUGCAAGAAGCUUCAGGAGCCCCCUGGUAUGAAAUUCUCUGACUAUAGUGCACUGUCACUCUCGGUUAGCAGGACAUCUCACAAUUAUACGAUAUCCAUUGUGAAAUCUAAACAAGUCCCCGGAAACUUUCUCCAAUGGGACCUUUCGAUACACAUUUAUGAUUCAGAAACAAUGAUGUGGGCAACCUCCUUGACUGAGGUUUUAACAGGAUGGAGAGGUGGAGAUGAAAGUGUGAUCUGUGAUGGGGUUUUAUACUUUCUGAUUUACUCAACCGGGGUUGGUACACCAGAAAACCGUCACAGCCUUGUUGCAUAUAAUCUCUCUAGCCGAUCAUCCCCAUUGAUACGGAGCCUUAUUCCAGUACCAGGCCCGCUUACCUGUGGUCGUUUGAUGAACCUCAAGGGGAAGCUGGUAAUGGUGGGAGGAAUCGGGAAGCCAGAUCGACCCGAUAUAAUCAAGGGCAUUGGAAUCUGGGUUCUUAACGGGAGGAAUUGGGUAGAAGUCGGUCGCAUGCCCCAUAAGUUCUUCCAAGGAUUUGGUGAGUUGGAUGAUGUUUUUGCUAGUAGUGGUACUGAUAACCUCAUAUACAUCCAAAGCUACGGUGCCCCAGCUCUUCUUGUUUUCGACAUGAGCCAGAAACUAUGGAAAUGGUCGCUCAAGUGUCCGGUCUCAAAGAAAUUCCCUCUUCAGCUCUUCACUGGCUUUUGCUUUGAACCAAGGCUUGAAAUUGCUCCAUGAUCUUAUUUAUGAACAUCCCAGAUUUUCUUUUAUGUCAUUAUGAUCAUCAUAUGAUAUGAUAGAUAUCUCAGUUCCCCCCAACCCUAAGAAAAGAAAAAGACAAAAAAAAAGGUUAAAACACAAAAUGUACGAGGCAGGUGAAGCUGCUGAUUUAUGAAAAUGAAAAAUAUUAGUAAUUCUUUUGCUUCAAACAAGCAUCAUUUGCUGGGGGUGGGAUGCUUUGUAGAAACAGUAAAUGGCUGAUUGAAGUAAAUAGGAAGAAUCAUUUUCCCAUUCCAA